GCCAGCAGUGCCUGCCACACACAUCUCUACCUAAUGAAGAAACAUUUCUGAGUUUGUGGACAGUUUGUGUUUUUCUCUUGGGAGAUUAUAUCUGUUCCUAUCCUCUGCUCGUUUGGCCAUAUUUCCCCCUUCACUUCCUCACCACCCCCUUCCAGCCCUUUCCUCCUUCCUCCCCUCCCCGCUUCCUCCCUCCUGGGGACUUCCUCCCUCUGCCCACAGACACCCCACUUCUCAGCCGAUUGUGUCGAGCAAUUGGGUUCCCACUCCUCUGCCUUCUCGCCGGCCCUGCAGCUGCUCCUGACAGAACCAAGAAAAGGUAUGAUUUAAGUCUUGAUGAAAUGAGAGCUUUGACAUUUCAGAGAGUGAAGUUUACCAUGGGUCUACCUCUCUUAAAACGUGCAAUUCAGGAACAGGCAGAGAAAACAAAGAAUUUUAUCAGUCGGAACCUUGUCAUAGGAGAAGUCCUCUCCACAGCAGACAUGGCCACAGGAGUGAAGUGUGGAAUAAUUUAUUGGCUAUUUGGAGGUGCAAUCAGGAAUCUUGGAAGCCCGGGACAUGUAACUAAGUGGCUUCAGCCUCUCCAGGAGCAGAAAUACACAGGGGUGUUUGCAAUGACCGAGAGGGGCCACGGGAGCAACGUGAGAGGGAUCCAGACCGAAGCCACUUUUGAUCUCUCUGCUCAGGAGUUUGUCAUCAACACGCCAUGUGAAAACGCUGAGAAGAUGUACAUCGGAAAUGCGAUGUAUGGGAAUUAUGCAGCUGUCUUUGCCCAGCUCAUCAUAAAUGGAAGAUGUCAAGGGCCCCACUGUUUCAUCGUUCCUAUCCGGGACGGAAACGGGAGCUUGUACCCAGGAGUGACGGCUAUUGAUAUGAUGUACAAAGAAGGUCUGCAGGGUGUGGAUAAUGGGAUUUUAAUAUUUGACAAGGUUCGAAUACCAAGGGAGAACCUGCUGGAUAAGUUCGGUUCCGUGACUCCAGAUGGGCAGUACCAUUCCCCUAUUAAGAACAAGAGUGCAAGAUUCAAUGCGAUGCUGGCAGCGCUGACCCCUUCGAGAUUAGCUCUGACUUUUCAAGCUUUGGGUGCCAUGAAGCUUGGGUUGACGAUAGCGAUUCGUUAUAGCCACAGCCGGAGGCAGUUUGGGCCCAAAGCUAAGGAAGAGGUCAAGAUCAUUGAGCACCAAACACAGACCUUUCGGCUGAUGCCUCACCUGGCCACGGCCUUGGCCCUGACCUUCGCCAACAGGUAUGCUGGGGUCCUCCUGGACGAAGACGUCUUCCACGGGAAGGAGCUCGUCGACUGUCGCCCGCUGCAGGCGCUGGUGGCAGGGCUGAAGGCCUACAGCACCUGGGAGAACCUCAGAUGCCUGCAGGACUGCCGUGAGUGCACCGGAGGCAUGGGUUACAUGGUGGAGAACCGAAUUGCAGGCUUAAAAUGUGACACAGAUGUGUUUGUAACUUUUGAAGGUGACAAUGUUGUUAUGCUGCAGGUUGUGGUGCGGGAACUGCUGGCUCAAUACACCAAACAGUAUGAAGAAAGACCAUUCAUUACCCUGCUGCAAAACUGGGCCGAGUCGGGAGGUGACAAGCUGAGAACCAGUUUCCUGGCAUUUAACGUGGACACAGUCGGUAAUCUCACCUUUCUGUUGAGAGCAGUGAAUUUUCGUGAAAGGGUUCUUCAGCGGAGUUUGGUGGCCAGAAUUUAUUAUAAGGUGAUGACCAAGAAGGAGGACUUUUUCAGGGCCUGGAACUCGUGUCUUCAUCACGUUACCUCCCUGUCGCUGGCACACAUCCACAGAGUUACUUUAGAGCAGUUCUCCCUGGCAGUGAAGAGCUGUCCUGACCACGAGGACCAGACUUUGUUAAUGAAGUUUUGUCUGUUAUAUGGAACCAAGCUGGUGUUCGAGGAGAGAGCCUGGUAUCUAGAACAUAAAUAUUUGACUCCCAUGGCCAGCAUGAGGAUCAGGAGUCAGUUGCUGGAUUUGUGCGACUCGGUGAAGGAUGAUGCCCUGAGGGUGAUCUCCGCCUUUAACAUUCCACACACCUUCCUCCACGCACCAAUUGCCGGAAUCACCAACCCGCUGGCCGGCUGGGCCUUCUACCCUGCGCCGCUGCAGCCCCUGGCCCGGGAAGGGGCGCGCUCUCAGCGGCCCAAACUGGAAGCCAAGUUAUAGCGGGCGUGGCGGGAAGGGUGGUGGCCCGCCCACAGCUGCCACGACGCUCGCUUUUCUGACGCCUGGAGCUGGGGCCGAGGCCCGGCUGGCACUCGCUGGGCCGCGGCCCUCAGGGAUUUUGGUCGCGGAGCCGGGGUCUGGCUGACGCUGGCGAGGCGCACGAUGGGCUGUUGGGAAAGGGAGCCUGGCGGCCGUCCCGGGGUGCCAGGCUUUAUCCUCUCCCGCCUGGCCCGGCAGCGACCUCUCUCGGUUUAGGCGCUGGAUCGCACUAGACAGAGGGGGCUCCUCUAAGAGCGCGCCCCACAGCCGGCUACCACCGAAGGUCUCCCGCUGUCAGCGGUGACUCAGAUUCCCAGUGAUUUUGAAAAACUGUGAUGCUAGGUGAAAAAAAAAAAAAAUCAAAGCAUAAAAAUCAAAACACACCCGGGCAAAGUUUCAGUUCAGCAAAGUGAUGUUUUCCCAGUGAAUCAGACCCUUUCGGGCUCUGCGAGGAAACGCACGGGCGGGGAAAAGGGAGUGUGAGCCUGGAGUUUUGCUCUCGGCAGAGCACGAACUUGAGCUCGUCCUCCCAGGCAGGCGGCUUCCGGACCGCAAGCCAAAGCACAGAAAACAACUUUACCAUAUGAAAUUGUAAUCUGAUCUUUAGAAGAGCUUAGAUACAUAAGUUUAAUAAAGAAAUUAAGCAAUGGGAAGGCGCCCCUGCUGCUUGCAGAGGACGGGGAGGCGGGCCAGGGCAAUACACUGCAAUAAAUUGGUUUCGGAACUUGGAGAGACCACACCGGCGACGCCUGUGGUCCCGACGAGGGCUGUAGAGUUCCCAUUUCUCAGGUCCCGGUUGCCCGACUUCAUUCUUGCUCCUUUCUCUCAGUCCGAACCACUCUCCUUCUUCCCUCUCCACAUCUCGUGGCAGAGGCAGGAGUGGGCACCGCUCUGCUCGUGUCCGAAAGGGCGACCUUCAGGACCGCAGCGAAGAUCUAAUACCUACCUGCCCUUCCCACUCUGCCCCUCCACUGGACUCGGGCCCAGGUUCAGGAGGACCUCUGCCCUGCAGGAGAGGCCGGGAAGGGCUCGCGGUCCCCCGACUCGGGGCGCUCGGCCGAAGCUCACCAGCACAGUCUGGGGUGCAGGAACAGCCGCCUCCGAGCCCACCUCCUCGUUGUGCUCCAAAUAAGAGCGCUUCACCGGUUGCUUUCCCCGACGCCUUUGUUUUUUAAAGUGUUCACAGGGUCGCUAGAGCGGACGACGCGGGGGCGGCAGAGCUGCACAGAAGCAGACUACAACUACCAGGGCUUUGUUCUGCGCGGUUCUUUUCCGGUCCCUGUCUGCAUCGUCCAACCCCACGGAGAGCGCGAAGCAAUCGGGAGCGCGGCUGGAGUUCCCAGCCGGCGCAGCAGGUUCCGUUGCUUCCCCGAGAGUGCCACGCCGGGCGGCGAAGGCGCAGAGUUUGCCUGCGGCCGCCACCUACGGUCGCGGGCGGGAGCUCCAAGCGGAACCGAAGUCAGGGUAGACCUCCGGCCUCGGUGUCCACUUCGCCGCGUCCACGCCCAUGCCCUUUCCCUUCUGCAGCGAAAUCCCCAGGCGGAGCCCGGAGCGCGUCCUCGAGCCCCUCCAGGAACCCCUGAUCUCCUUCACUUCGCUCAGGACCUCCCGGAGGAUACACUGAGAAGACUUUAACCUGGGGCUUUGCUGUCACGUUGACGUUCUAUUUCUGUUUACGCAACACAAAAAGUGACCAAGGUGGCCAGACGGCGGGACAAUGCCUCGCUGACUUGCUCCUCUGCACCGAGGACCCUUCCUUCUCCCUUCCAAGGUGCCGGUUAGAGUGGCCCUUAAAAUGAGUUUCUUUAAUUCGUCUAGCCUGGUCUCCCCCGCGGCGGAGUGUUCCAUCUCCCGACCGACCUUGCCCCCACUCACCCGCCGCGGCUGUCUCAAAGCCCGACGAGCGCGGGGAGGAGUAGGGGUGCGGAUGCCGACACGCAUUGGGAGGGCAGAUGGGGGAGCGCACGGAGUUUGGUCCCGCAGGGAAGGAAUGGGAGUG